UGCUUGCCAUAAUACUUUGUUACUCACCCCCUUUAUUCAACCUUCUACAAAUGAUUUCAAGACUUGCAUGAAUUUCUUGUUGAACAGAUGGGUCAUAAGAACCUAUCGCGUGCCGUAUUUCGACCAGUUCAAGACUAUUUAAUCCAUAUUCCGCUCAUUAUCAGAAAACAAGGUCCUCUACGUGCUUACUCUAUAAGAACCAUGGAGCGUACUAUAAGAAAAUAUUCCAAACUGAUCAGAUCUAAUAGACAAAGUGAAAAAAACUCUAGUAAUAUCUUCGAAAAAAUUGCACUUCCGGCUUGUGUUGGGAGGGUUAUAGAUGAGUGCGUCUUAAAUUUAAUCACAACAGGACCGUAUGAUGGUGAAUCAAGCUUUGUUGAUAGCCCAGACGAUACUGAGGGAAGUCAAUUGUGGGAGCCUUUUUGACCAGUCGAGUUAUUGUGAAUUUGUUGAUGGAAGGUGUUCAAUAAGAGGUGAUCAUGAAGUCUUUAGACAAAUACUACCGACACCCGCUUUCUGAUCUACUGUUCACACUAGACAAUUAUACGAUUACAAUGACUGCACGCAUGUGGAAGGGAUCAGCUGUAUACGUGACUCAAAUUUACAGAUGGUAUACAAAAAAAG